AUGAAUAGAUUUUCAGAAUUCCAAGAGGCGAUUUAUUAUGUAGCAGCAUUAUGGGACGAAGUUGAUAGUGAAGUUGAGCCUAUACAAGAUAUAUUUUUAGAAUCACUUGAAUAUGAAGAAAGCAAGAUUGGUGAAUUGGUUAUUAAUCUUACUGAAAAUGAUUCAAAUAUCGCACAAGCAAUAGAUACCUACAGAGAAAUGAAUAAUGUACAAAUACCUAUAGAAAAAAGACUUGAUGAUACUCAGAUCAUUGAAAUUGUACUAGCAGAACAGUUAGAGUGUAAGAAAGGUGAUCCAGAUGAUUCAGACAAGGAGCUCUCAAAAAUUUCAGCAUUAGAAGAGUUAAAUGGGUUAAAAAAUUUUAUUUUAUUUGUUAAACAACAAAUGAAUGAUGACUUUAAUAACAGUGACAUAGCAACAUUUCAAAAAUAUUUGCCAUUAAUGAAACAGAAAGUUAAUGAGUUAAUGAAACAAACAUCCAUUGUAGAUUUUUUAGUACAAUAG